AUGAGUUUCGGAUCUAGAGGUGUCCGGCAGGUGACCAGAAGCGAGCACUUCAUUGCAAGCAUCGGGAUUGGCUACUUUGAUGCCCAGAAAGCUGCAUUUCUCCACAAGAGGAUGGAAGUGGUAAAUGCUGCUUCUUCUGAUUUCAAUAACACCAAAGGCUCUUUCAAGAAACUAUCGUCCCUUCUUUUGGACAGCCUGGUGGAAGAGCCUAAGAGAAGAACUGAUGUCCCUAAUUACCUCCUAGAAUCCAAAAUUUAUUCAAAGCUCUUAAGAAAUAAUGUGAUACAGGCUAAGCCUGCCAUAAUGCAUUAUGGAGGGUAUGAAAUCGAGAAACAUCACCAACAAACUCUGAAACUUGUGAAUAUUUCUGGCAAUCUUAUAAACGUUCACAUUAUUCCGCCCCAGACGAAGUACUUCCAGAUCAAAUACAGCAAAACACAACGACUUGUGCCUGGCUUGUCCUUUACAAUUACCGUCGACUUCUGUCCUGAUGAGUGGCGAUAUUAUUAUGACUGCAUCCGAAUCCAUUCUGAGGGAGAUGACACUUUGCUGGUUCCCAUACACGCCUAUCCUGUGAUGAAUGCUGUAGAAUUUCCAUCCUAUAUUAAUUUCUCUGAUGUUACACUGGGACAGCGUAAGGAAUAUGUGAUCCCUUUGCAGUGCAGCUGUCCCAUCGAUUUUGAGUUCCACAUUGAGUAUCUUCAGGCUCACAAAGCCUUUACCAUCCAUCCCAUCUCUGGAAUAAUCCCAGCCAAGGAGAAAGCAGAAGUGGUCAUUGCAUUUGUGCCGUUUGAAUAUGGAACCGCCCAGAUCAAAAUCCAGUUGUGGAUUUCGCAGUUUAACUCAAAGCCUUACGUAUGUGUAUUCACUGGGACAUCAACACCAUACCCUAGUUUAACAAAAGGGGACUUUGAGAAGAAAGUGACAACUGUGCAGAGAAAACCAAUGGCUCCAGAAAAAGCAGCGACAUGCCUAGUACAGCAGAUGGCACCACCAAAACAUAAAUGUCCCCUACAGAAAUUAAAGACCAUCGACUAUAAAAACCUUCAGUUCCCAACAGAUCUGUCAAAUCCCUAUGCUGUGGCUACUGUUUUAAUUCAGGAACCAGGCAAAAUGAAGAUAAAACAGUUAAGAGAAGUCUUAGGAGGCCAAAAUGAGGGAGGAGCUAGAACGAGGCAAGUGAAAGAAGCUGUCUUUGAGUUGAAAGUCAAGCAGGACAUCCAGGAGGAAGAAAUUAAUCAGCUUAAAUGGCCAGUCCACUUAGUGAAAGAUCCCAUGUCUUUGGCUCUUCACAACCAGAUUCUGGAAGAUCGGCAGAGAGCUGAAAAGCAGUACCUGAUUAAAAGAGGAGAUCCCAUUAUGGAGAUGGAGUUUCAAAGGAAGAAAGCGGAAACCUCUGUCAAGCGUGUCAUCCGAAAGGUCGAGGAGUGCCCCAAAUUCAAGCCUACAUUUGAUCUCCUGCUUAACAACCCUUGGGACCACAGGCACGGGAAUCUGCUGCGGUUCCAGCAGGCUGCUCGAAAGAUUCUGCUUUAUUGCCGCCUAAAGCGUCAGCUAAAUGUACUAGAUGCACUAUGUAAAACUCGAGAUAAAGAAGAAACAUUGAUAUCAGAUAAACCCUCAGCAGAAAAUAGUACUGGCAUGGCUGCAAUAAGUGAGCUGGAUAAGAGAGUGCGUUUUCUGUUGACCGUACGUCGCCUCCUACCUUUUGAAUUUCCCACUUACAGUCCACCUCGGUGGGCUGAUGAGUUGUUACCUGAAGUUCUUGGUACCGUUCCUGUCAAGUCUAUUGAAACUCCGAUUAAACACCUUCACCACUUCUUUGAACUAAAGGUGCCUCAGCAUUUCAGGCUUAUGGCAUAUCAGCCGUUCUGCAUACAUCAUGCAGCGAUCAGCUACAAAGUUCCAAAGUAUUCUCAGACUCUGAGGAAGGGUGCAGAGGAAGAGCUGAUCCCAGUACUUCCUGCUUCAGAGGAGAGGCUGCGCCUUGCCUUGUUCCAGCCAAAAGAGGACGAAUCCUUGGAAAUAGAAACCUCCCUCCUAAACCUUAGAGCUCCUGAAAACUUGCUUCAUACGCCACAAGAUCACCCACUUCAAAUUUUUAAUCCUAGCCCGGGACUGUACGAAUUCAAAUGGCCGCUCCCGUAUUCCGAAAGCAGUAUUGACUAUCACCUUUGCCCUCACCCAAAAUACGCACUUACCAGGAAAUACCCAAUAAAGUCCAGUGUUCUGACUACACAAAAGAAAUUUCUCCAUCCCAAGGAAGUCAUCAGUGGCGUGACGAACUGGAGAAAAUUCCCACCGGUUAUUCAUUCAACCUUGCCCAACGUUCCUGCUCUGAACAGCACAGUGAUACUGUUUUGCACUGAUCCUUACAACGCAGACAUGCUUCCCAAAGAUGUGCCUCCCAUUGUGGCUGACUUACCAGAGCAAGAUAAAGAAAACAUCAUGGACGAAGAUACAGGUUGGGAGGCUGCUGUGUUACUUGCACCAGAGAUGAUAAAAGCUGAAUUUCCACAGACUGACCACUCAACCAACGAUAAAAAUAAAACGCAAAAAGAGGGAAGUGACACAAAUGCAGACUUGAAGCCUCCUUCCUGCACAUCUCUGGAUAUUUUUGCACCUGUUUCCAGAGAUGUGAGAGAUACUCUGGAGUGGUAUUUUCAAGUUCAGAAUGAUUUAUAUGGUCAAAGGAUGAGAGAAAACCUGGAGAAACUGAAAGAAAAAGCCACUCAGAAAAACCUAAUUCUGGAUUAA